UUCCAGCCCUGAAUACUUCCUGAUCACUUGACUGGACGCAGCCGGACAGUCGGACGACCUUUUAAAUCUUUAAGUAAAACUGAACCGCGGACAUUUCACGAACAUGAUCGAGCUUCCGUCGGCGGAACAUCUAUAUUUGUGGUAAUUUAUAGCUUUUUGGUUUAAUGCAGCAUUUGAAUAUGCACCAGACGAACUGUGUUUUGAUGUCAGUCCUGCUAAUGAUCGCUGAUGGAUUCAUUGUGCACGGUCCCUCUGGUCCUGUGGUUGCUCCUCUGGGAUCUUCAGUCAUUCUGCCCUGUUAUGUUGAUGGACCUUUAUUAAUGGAGGAUCUGGAGGUGGAAUGGAGAAGAACAGACUCAAAGACUUUAGUUCAUCUGUUUCAAGAUGGUGAGAGUCGACCAGAGUCCCAGCAGCAGGAUUAUCAAGAUAGAGCUCAUUUCUUUACUGAGCACAUUAAAGAUGGAAACUUCUCCCUCCGUCUGGACAAUCUGAGAGCUGAAGAUGAAGGAGAAUACACAUGUACAGUUCACCAUCAGCAGGAGUCUGGAGAGACUGUGGUUCAAAUUAAAGAUGUUGAGCGUUUGCUGGUCUCAGGAUCAGAUCGGUCCAUAUCUGUGUUUGUGGGUGAAGACGUCACUCUGAACUGCUCUGUAGACUCUCACAUCACUCCUGAAGACUUUGAACAGGUUUCAUGGAAGAAAACUGAUGAAGAUGAAGAAGUUCUGGUUCUGCUCUACCAAAACAAUAAGGUUUUACCAGAUUCAUCACAUGAGCGAUACAGAGACAGAGUUGAGUUCUUCACUGCUGAAAUCCCCAGAGGAAACUUCUCUGUCCGACUGAAGAGUGUCAGAACUGAGGAUAAAGGAGUUUAUAUGUGUCAAGUGUUUGCUGGAGGAGCUUCAGCCAAUGCAACUGUAGCGCUGGAGAGACUGGGUUUCUCUGCUCUACACAUAAUAAUGAUGAUUCUCUGUGUUUCUGCGUCUGGAUCUGCACUUCUGCUCUGCUGUCUGAUCUACUGCAGAUCACCUACUAAAGGUUUGAUUGUGCAAAAUGAUUGUAAAAUGUUUUUCUCUCUGGGAGGUUCAGUGGUUUUGCACUGUCAUGUUCCUCCAAACUUACUAACUGAGGAUCUGAAGGUGGAAUGGAGAAAAAAAGACUUAAAGGAUCUGGUUCAUCUGUAUGAAGAUGGUGAGAGUCGAGCAGAGAAACAGCAGCAGGAUUAUCAAGAUAGAGCUCAUUUCUUUACUGAUCACAUUGAACAUGGAAACUUCUCCCUCCGUCUGGACAAUCUGAGAGCUGAAGAUAAAGGAGAAUACACAUGUACAGUUUACAGCAAGAGGGAUUGUGUGUUUUCAGCCAAAACAAAUUUGGAUUUGAAGUUUUAUAUGGAUGGUGAUUUCAUUCCUCUGGGAGGUUCAGUGGUUUUGCCCUGUCAGGUUGACAAAAGCUUGUUACAGGAGAGUCUGAAGGUGGAAUGGAGAAGAACAGACUCAGACACUUUAGUUCAUCUGUAUGAAGAUGGUGAGAGUCGAGCAGAGGAACAGCACAAAGAUUAUCACAAAAGAGCUCAGUUCUCAAAUAAGAAGAUUGAAGAUGGAAACUUCUGCCUCCGUCUGAAAAAACUGAGAGUUGGAGAUAAAGGGGUUUACAGAUGUAAAGUUUACAAGGACCAGGACUGUGUGUCUUCAACUGAUGCAGAGUUGGAACUGGGAUUGACUGUGGAACCUUCUCAUCACACACCUGUUCCUCUGGGAUCUUCAGUGGUUCUGCCCUGUUAUGAUGAUGAACCUUUAUUAAUGGAGGGUCUGAAGGUGGAAUGGAGAAAAACGGACUUAGAAGAUCUAGUUCAUCUGUAUGAAGAUGGUGAGAGUCGAGCAGAGGAACAGCACAAGGAUUAUCAUGACAGAGCUCAUUUCUUUACUGAUCAGAUUCAACACAGAAACUUCUCCCUCCGUCUGGACAAUCUGAGAGCUGAAGAUGAAGGACGAUACACAUGUAAUGUUUACAGUGGAUUAUAUCAGGAUCACAGGGAAUUUUCAACCGAGAUAAAUGUGGUACUGAAACUACUAGACACAGUGUUUCGUCUUCAGAUGUUUCUCGUCUUCUGUCCAAAUAUUCUGAUGUUUCUGUCUUUUGUCCUCUGGGGUGUUUCUGAAGGAUCUCUGUUUGAGUCGGUCUCUUGUUGUGCUCUUUAUUUUCUGAGGCCUCUCAUGUUGCUCUGGGCCGCUCCAUAUACUGAUGAGUUCACAGGCAAUAUUAAAACAUGGAUUAAUAUGUUCAGUUUUAGAACAGAAUAUGUUGUUUUCUCAGCUGUUUUUUAUUCAGUUCUGUUUAAAUCUGCCUGGGACAAAAGUCUGAAUUACGCUGGAUUUGAAGGUGUCGUGAUUAUAGUCCUCUUUGUGAUGGUGCUUCUGUCUAACCUCUUAUUUAUUAUUUACUCAUUGGCUAAAUCAAUUGGGAAUUUAAGUCAACAGAUCAUUAAUAUAUUCUGGGUUCUGGGUAAUGUAAGCUUUGAUGUUCUGCCUUCACUACAAUUCAUCCUCCUGUUUUAUGCCUUUGGAUCUGCUAGAGGAGGAUUCAUCAUUAUUGCAGUUUUACCAUUGUUUCUCACCGUGACAAGAUGCGAUUGGGACAAAUCAUGUGGUCAGAAAAUGGGCUGUUCACUUUCGGUCAGGAGAUCAGUGUAUUUAUCUCUCAUGUUAUUGGUCAAUGCUGUACUGGUCUAUUUCUACAUCAUCGCUCUGGAAAAUGAAAAGGAUCGUGUGGGAUGGGCCUGUAUGAUUGCAUUUCUUCAGUUACUCUGGGCAGUGAUAGACUUUGCAUGGUCAUUUAAAUAUGAUUUUCUCCGUCUUGUUCCUGUGUAUGUGUUUGGAUCAGUCGGUGUUGUUUUACUGAACUCUGUUGCUCUGAUGACUGAACUGAUACUGAAAGCAGAUAUUGGACUACUGCAUGUUUGUUGGUCCUGUGAGUGAAUAAUCAAGAAACCACACAUACCCCUAUUGGUGAAUGCCUGUAAUUCUUCAUACAUGCAGCUAUAAUUCAAAUAAAAUCCUUUAAAUUGGACCCGCUCUCUCGCUCCUGUUUCUCUAAUCAGAAUCUCCCACCACCAUUUCUACUAGUGCCUAACCGAACCCUUUGAGCACCCCUUACACUCGCACAUGGUCCUUCGAGCCGGAUGGUACUUCUGUAGAGAUGGACCCUGAUCCUGCCAGUACAGCAGAUCCCGCGUUCGGAUCCACUCACAAAGAGAGUGACAUCUUCCAGCCCAUCUUGAGGAUUAUGAAGUCCAACUUCCUGCGCACUUGCACUCAGCACCCCCCGCAGCUGACGCCUCCUCCCAGAGAUAUUCUAGACAUUUCUCUAAGUCAGUUUCUUCUGGUACUGCCUCUGACGCUACAUACAGAUCACGCCACAGUGCAUCGAACCGAUGUUCUAGACACGCCCUCUCUGACGUCCAAGCUGCAGUGCUGGAGGAAAGACUAAAGGCUUUUGAACUACAGGAACUGCAACAUCAGAUUGAAGAGGAUGCUACAGCAGAUAAGGAAUGUUGGAGACUUGAUGACCAAGCUAGAGAGGCUCUCAAACCCAGAGAAGCUUUGGCUAAACAAAUUGCGACACGGCGGCAUCUCAAGAAAGCACAAAAUGAGCUUGAGGUUGCGAAGUUAGUCAUCUCGCUCUUUAAACAGGACACCCACAAUGUUAGCAGAUCUGGAUCACAGUCUAGCAUCGCCAGUGAUUUACCUGAAGCAAUACCGGAAGUAAGCCCACCUCAACAGAGAGCUGCUAUUAGUGAUAUUUUCAUAUCAUCUGCCCAGAAAAUGUAGGGACAUUCUACGCCACACCCUGUCUUUCUUACCUCAGAGGCAUCAGUAUUGCCUCCUCCAGCACCACGUGUUACCGACCACAGCCUUAGCAGCUAAAGCUUCCUCCAGUGCCCAGAACUUUACUCCCAAUGUCUGCCAUUCUGAUGUAGUGACUGAAUGCUUCUGCUGUAAAGUUCGGAGAUGCUGAAGCUUUUGAUAACUUUGCUCUAUCCAUCCAUUCAUUGGCAGGGAUGCUCAGAACACUAGAGUUUCAACCAUUGCAAUAAUAAGGACCAUUUGCUGAACUCUUGCUCUGAAUUGAAGUUACUAACCACAGAGCAAAUAAUGAAGUGGAUAACGGAAGGAAAGCGGUGUUGGAAAUGUGGAAGGGCACAUGCUACAGACCGCUGCAAUCUGAAGUGAGGAUGCAAGACUUGCAAAGAGCUGCACCUUACCAUUCUCUAUGAAGCAGCCUUGCAAACGCAAAAGAGUGAUCUUCUGGUCAAUAUUCCCCCUUCCCAGGUGUACUUAGAUCGUCCCAAGCGAUCUCCAAAGGUGAUGCUAAGGAUAGUCAAGGUCCUACUCCAUCACAGAGACGUAUGUAGUGUUAGACGAUGGCUCUGAGCAUAGCAUCACACUGCCACAGGCUGUGGGACAGUUAAACCUUACCACAGUGCCUGAAACACUCACCCUAUGUACAAUACAUCAGGAUGUACUUCACUUAAAUGGACCAUCUGUUUCCCUCUCUAUGUCACCUUUAAACAGACAAACUAAGAAGUUCCAGAUUAAUCAUGCCUUCACUGCAGAGAAUCUGAGACUGUCUGAACACUCUUAUCCAGUAGCUGCUCUCCAACGCAGAUAUGCCCAUAUCCGGUCCUUACCAUUGCCACAGAUUGAGCGAGAACAACCCUUGAUACUCAUUGGGUCGGACAUGGCUCACCUACUCUUGCCAGUCCAGCCCAUAUGAAUGGGACCUCUUAAUGCACCCAUAGCUGUUCACACCAGACUCGGCUGGACUGUCCAAGGCCCUGUUGGGUAUAGCCUGCUCCUUGUGACCAACAAUGUCUGAACAUCUCUAUAGAUACUCAGAAUGCUGAGCUUCUCAAGAACAUUGAGCGUCUUUGGCAGAUUGAUACCUUACAUUAACGAACCAACAGCCACUUGUUCCAAACAGGACCAGCACACUCUCACACUACUCCAAUCCCACACUACUAGGGUAGAGGUAGAUGGCAUUCUAUGAUAUGCCACUCCUUUGCUCAGAGUACCGAACGCUGACACCCUUAAAGCCAAAAGGAAGCAGUACUGGCAUCCCUCCACAGCACUGAACAGAGACUUGCCAAAGACCCAAACCUCUCUGAAGAAUUCUGCACCGAGAUGGAUAAACUAGAACAGGCUGGAUACGUGGCAGAAAUCUCCCCUCAGGAAGCUGAGAAGUCCACUGAAUCUUGGUACACUCCACACCAUAUGGUGAAACACAAUGGCAAAAACAGUAUUUUGUUUAACUGUUCUUUCCAAUAUCAGGGUCAGUCAUUAAGUAACACCUUAUUCCUGGUCCGAUACUUGGUCCAUCUUUUCUUGGAGUUCUGCUUCGGUUCAGACAGCACACUGUGGCUGUGAGCGGAGAUGUGAAAGGUAUGUUUCACCAAGUUCGCCAAGUGCUAGAUGACAAGACAAUCUUGCGCUUCCUCUGGAGAAACAUGCAAAGGACUGAGCAGCCAAAGAUCUAUGAGUGGCAAGUGCUACCUUUCGGCACGACGUUGUCAAGGGCUACUUGUUGCAGUGCAUAUAUAGCACAACAAGGACUGCACAGUGAAAUCGAUCCCAUUCUAGUCGAAUCAGUGACCCACUCAUUCUACGUAGACAAUUGUCUUCAAAGUACACAAUCAACAGAAAAGGCCAGAGCUUAUGUAGAUGGUCUAUGGCAAUUGCUGCUUACUGGAGGGUUCGACCAGAAGUCAUUGAGCACCUUCCCUCAGAAGCAAGGUCACAAAGCAGUGAGCUAUGGUUAUCCCAAAAGAGUCCAGAUCUUUUAGAGGGCACACUUAGAUUACGAUGGAACUGUCUCAGUGAUUCCUUAGGAUACAAGCCUCGCCAGGUGGAAUGUCUCAAACCAACCUUGAGAAAUAUCUACAAGGUAUUGGCAUCACAGUAUGACCCUCUCGGGUUCCUAAUUCCAUUCACCACCCAAGCCAAGAUACUCAUUCAGGAUCUGUGGAAAAAUCAUAUGGGAUGGGAUGACCUCAUUGAGUCUGACAGCCUAAUAAUUCAAAUAAAAUCCUUCAAAUUGUACCCGCUCUCUCGCUCCAGUUUUUCUAACCGGAAACUCCCACCACCAUUUCUACUAGUGUCUAACCAAACCCUUUGAGCUCCCCUUACGCUCGUACACAUAUAAUAAUUUGGAGCAAUAAUAAGCCUUAUAAUCAGCUGUUCAUGCUGUAAAUAAAAUCCUGUUGUUUAUUUUCAU